AUGCAACCCAACUUCCAGACGAUUAAAGGCAGAUGGAGACAGGGAGGGAAAAAAAAGAGUAAAGGGGGGAAUUGCAGUGGGGCUGUCGGAAGAAACGCUAAACCCUUCUCCAAAUCGAUUCGUACAAAUCCGAUGAAAGGUGGGGCUAGAAGGAAGACGAUAAGCUCCGAGCUUCCAUCACCACAACAGCAUUCGUUUCAAAGCGCGAUCAAUGAUCAAGGGAACGAUCAGGUAGAGUACGACGAGCGGAUGCGCGAACAAGAGCAUCAGCAGCUGCUGAAUGACGGUGAAGAUGGUGGAAAUCAGUACGAUGAAGAGGAGGGCGAAGAUUGCGAGGAGGAUGAUCAAUCGGGUGACGGGGAUAUUCACGGAGGAGCGGAUGAAGGUGAACACAAUGGCGAUGAAGAGCGACCUAAGCUAGCAGAGGGUUUCUACGAGAUUGAAGCCGUUCGGAGGAAAAGGAUACGGAAGGGGGAAACUCAGUAUCUCAUCAAAUGGCGUGGUUGGCCGGAGGCAGCUAAUACUUGGGAACCUGUCGAGAAUCUCGUGUCAUGUUCAGAUUUCAUUGAUGCAUUUGAAGAGAGCACGAGGUCUGGGAAACAAAGAUCAAACCGGAAACGUAGGCGCAAGCAUUCGGUGACUCCUACACCACAAUCGAAGAAGAAGCAAAAGCAACAGUCACAAGAGAGUUCUCCUGCUGCUACAUAUGAUGUGCCAUCUGUGAAAAUCACAAUCAUAGAGGAACCUCUAUCAUUUCCUUCUGUCCAUAAUUCCAACUUUUGUGAUGGGACAGAAAACAAUGUUGGGGGCACGAGCAAUAAUGGAGCAGCAAACCACUCAAAUGAUACCAGAUCUUUAAUGGUUUCUCCACAAAUUGGAGAAAGGAAAGCAAGAAACAAGUUGGAUGCAAAUCUUAAUGAACUUAAAGUUGCAUCUUCUAGCAAUCAAGAAAGCAUGAGCGAAUUUGCCAUCCAUAUUCAAGAAGACCGACCAACCGAAGGUGAUAGUGGGGUAGAAAUUGGACCUGCAAAUGGGAUCUUGAAGGCUGAUGGAGCAGAACCUCUUAGGGCUAGUCCUCGCAUUGGAGCUAGGAGGAGGAAGUGUGGUGCUGUUAAGCGGUUCAAGCAAGAACCAGACUCAGUUCUCAGAAAUGAUGCCAGCGGAAACACAACCCGUGGUAGUGUUGUAGUUGUAGAUGCUGAGAUUAAGAAUAUAAAUGAUUUGGACUGCAUGAACAUCGUGGAUGCUCCGCGAAGCAUCUCUACUAUUUCAAAGAUUAUCAAGCCUGUGAAUUAUUCAACAUCUAUACUUAAUGACACAGAGGAGGUGUCUGUAUCCUUCUUGGUCAGGAGGUCAGAUGGAGAAGAGGUCGUUGUUGAUAACAAAUAUCUCAAGGAAAACAAUCCAAUUCUGUUGAUCAACUUCUAUGAGCAACAUCUUCGGUACAACAGCCCUUCUGAAUGAGCCUCUUGAUCGUGGAUAACUGUGGAUCAGCACAUUCUUCAUCUUUUAUUUUGUAGCCAGGGAGCUUCUAACAUUCAGUAUGUUCGGUAAAUAGUUAACAUAUCCUCUUUUAGUAUUUCUGGAUGAACACAACUACCACUCGCUAUAGGGUACCACGAUAUGUAAGAUCUGCUUAAAACAUUGCACUUUUCGAGCUUGUCCGUGUGUUCAUCAACUUGUUUAGUAUCUGAUUGAACUUCUUGUUGUCGUGUACAUCUAAUGAACUGCAGUUGGUAACGAUCACUUAUUAAUAUUGAGUGAUGCAUCCUACCAUUUGAACC